AUGUUCCGAAUACCCACUCUCGAAACAUUUCGUACCCCAGGAAUUGUGGUUGCUGCUUGGUGUAUGCUGGCAGUCGUAUCCUCUCUGAUCAGCGUUAAAAUUGUGGUACUCCAAAUCCCUUUCAUGGUUGCUUUGAACAGUUUUUGUUUAUUCUUGUUCGUAUAUUGGAUGGAGAGGCUUUCUUCAUCAAAUACCCAAAAAAAAGUUCAGUUAAAUAAUCACCAUGAUGAGAAUACAGAGGUACAACUUGAGGCUGGGCUUGGUUGUAAAGAGACUACUUGCAAUUUUGCCUCGGAACAAGAGCCUUACACUGCUAAAUUACUUUCUUAUAAGUUAAUCUUUGCACAUUUAAUACACCAAUACACUAAUUUUGCCAUUGGUUUUUGGAUUGGAAAUGCUUAUAUCAUUCAGGUUAUAAGGAGUAUUGAACCUUCCAUUACCUAUCUAUUGUUUUCAAGUAAUUACGUGCAAAUAGACUCAGUUGUUCACUCAAUAACCACGUUAUUAAUCGCUCUUAUGCAUUUGUGGACCUCUCCUUCUUCGAUUGGAGGCUCUAUUUCCGUUGUGAUGAACUCCAUUCUAUUGAGUUAUAGAAACAAACUAUUAAGGCGACUCUAUUUGCUUCCUAGCUAUGCUCAACAACAGACACAGAUUUUUAAAAAAAUUGCCUUAUCCACGGCGAUCAUAAUGGUGAUUUUUUAUAUCCUUUUAUUUGAAAAAGCUCUUCAAAUUGAAUGGCAUUGGAAAUGGAUUUUAUUUGCUUGUUUGGGCCAUUCUACAUAUUUAGCAUUUAAUAUUAUGUUAUUGAAAAGCUGGAACACAGUUCUUUAUUCUGCCGCUUCAGUUUUAAAGAGAACAUUCGUGACUGCAUUUUUGUUUAUAUUGACAUGGUUUAUAACUCACACAUUGAAUUUUCAAUUCAAAGAGCAAAUAUCUACGGUUUUGAUUGCACUUUUGGGUAUUUCAUCAGGAGUUUAUGUUUGUCUCAAUCAUACAUUUUCUUCGAAAAGAAUGAUAUUCGCAACCAUUUGUGUUUCAUUCAUGGCGUUUGUUACGUACUUGUUCCUGUUGUCUCAAAUAGCGAUUCGACAAAAACCAAACACACCCAAUGUGAGUUCUUCUGAUCUACCUUUUGUUCGUCUGAAACCAAUGAAAGUUGCCAUCUAUACCGCUGCAGGUAAUGGAAACCUUGGAGACAAUAUGCAAAUUCAUUCAUGGUUGGCACAUUUCAAAUCUUGGAAUCGAAGAAAUUAUGGUGGAAAAAGACCUUUGGAAAUUUUUUCAUUGUCAGGAGAGUUUUGCUGCUAUCCUUUUGAUGAUAGGCGUAAAUAUGUUGUGAGUACUGUUGAGUCGUUACACAAUUUUUUGUAUGCACAACAACCUGAUUACGUAAUGAUAGGUGGUGGAGGAAUAUUUAGCCAUCCUCAUUUCCCAUGGGCGAUCAAUAGAUCAUGGAAAGACACCCUUGAGUUAUUUCCUGAUGUCUCUUGGGUUUUUGCAGCUGUUGGAGCAAGCGAAGGUCAGCACAGUAUAGAGAUUGCCUCAAACACCGUCGGUCUUUUGAACCAUUCUCUUGUAGUUGCCGCAAGAGACACACCAUCCCAAUCCGUAUUGAGCGCUACCACGAGUACAAAUGUCACACUUUUACGUGAUCCUGUUUUGCUUGACUCAAUGAAUUUCCCUUUUCAAACAAGCAAGAACAAAACACACCACGACAGAAUUACCUGUUGGAUUUUGAGACAGCCAAUUCCUGAAAGUUUGGCAAAAAUUUUGGAUAAAUACAUUAAUAUGGAGAAGGACUUGUUUUUUGCCCUUGAACAACAAGACGGUAACUUUUUUAGGAGAUUUAAAAGUCAAGUUUCUGUAUACUCGACAGAAAUUGAAUGGUUCUGGUCCAACAUUCAAAACUGUGAUUUUGUUGUUUCCAUGAGGUAUCAUGGGGCAAUACUAGGAUUCAGAGCAGGAAUUCCAACGCUUGCAAUUGAAUUUGAAGACAGAGGUAGAAGUUCUCACAAAAUCCGAUAUCUUUUCGAGGAUCUCUUGGGACGUUCUGACUGUGUAGUGAAACAUAUUGAUGCCACAGAAUUUGAUGAAAAGUUUAAAAAGUGUCAACUGCAAAAGGGUAAUGCUUUGAAAAGCAGACUUGACGAACUGGAUCGUGAAUUCACUUUAUUCAUGGAUACAACAUUUAAAUGA